GGCUCCACUUGUGGCAUUGAACAAUUCCGUUGCGGCAAUGGCAAAUGCAUACCCAACAGAUGGCGCUGUGACAAUGAAAAGGAUUGUGCCGAUGGCUCCGAUGAAUUUUCAUCAUUGUGCAAAAUUAAGACAUGUUCACCCGAAGAGUUCACCUGUAAGACAGGUGAGGGUGAAUGUAUACCACUGGCCUGGAUGUGUGAUCAAAGUAAAGAUUGUUCGGAUGGUUCCGAUGAGGCUUCAUGCAAUGAUACCUGUCGCUCUGAUGAGUUCACCUGCGGCAAUGGCCGUUGCAUACAAAAACGUUGGAUAUGCGAUCACGACGAUGACUGCGGCGAUGGUUCGGAUGAGAAGAAUUGCGCCAAAGUGCCAUGUGGCGCUCAUGAAUUUACCUGUUCGAAUGGCGCUUGCAUUCACAAGAAAUGGAAAUGUGACGGAGAACCAGAUUGUUAUGAUGGCUCCGAUGAAGUGGGUUGUAAAAAUGUAACCAACACCAAGGUACCCUGCCUGCCCCACGAAUUCCAAUGUAAGGAUCGCAUUACCUGUCUACAUUCCAGCUGGUUGUGCGACGGCGAACGUGACUGUCCCGAUGGCGAUGAUGAGGUCCAAAGUAAUUGUAAAAAUCGUACAUGUCGUCCCGAUCAAUUCCAGUGCAGCGAUCGCUCCUGCAUUGCUGGUCAUCUGACAUGUAAUGGACAAAAUGAUUGUGCCGACAAAAGUGAUGAGCUUAAUUGCGGCAUUCGUAAGCAAACCGUAUGCGAUCCAGUAACGCACUUCGAUUGUGGUGGUGGACAAUGUAUUCCUUUGACCAAGGUUUGUGACAAACGCAAGGAUUGCCCCGAUGGUGAAGAUGAACCGGCCAAUAUGUGUGGUAUUAAUGAGUGUGCCCUGGACAAUGGUGGCUGUAUGCAUAAGUGUGUGGAUCAACCGAUUGGCUAUCGAUGUGAAUGCGAAACGGGCUAUAAAUUAAUUAACAACAAAACCUGUGUGGACAUCGACGAGUGCGCCGAAAAUCCCGGUGCCUGUUCCCAAGUCUGCAUUAAUGAAAUUGGCGGCUAUAAAUGUGAAUGUAUCGAUGGGUAUAUGCGUGACCCACGCAAUCACACCCGUUGUAAGGCCACCGAGGGUCAUGCCUCAUUGCUGUUGGCACGUCGUCAUGAUAUACGGAAAAUUGCUUUGGAUCACAUGGAAAUGACAUCGAUUGUGAAUAAUACAAAAUCAGCGACAGCUUUGGAUUUCGUUUUCCGCACGGGAAUGAUCUUUUGGAGUGAUGUGACCACACAAAGCAUUUACAAGUGA